CUCUCAUUCUAGAACAUUGCUUUCUCGGUUUCCUGUUGGCGAUUGUGAGCCCGAGCGGAUGUGGGUGGCUCUCCCAGGUGUGCCCGUGAGCUCGCCGAUAACAGUCACACACCUCUGAGCUAAUCAUGUGAUCCCUCACCUCUGGGGUGGAGUAGAGAAACAGAAAAUAAGUCUUUUGCAUUCUUUUUUUUGUAAGCAUCGCCCCAAAUCGUGGUUUCUAGAGCGAUGUUAUGCUGAGCAGUUUCAAAGGGAUUCGGUCCGUCUUUUAUUUUGCUAUACGAAAGCGUAACAUGUAAACUUUCUUCCUGGAUUCGUUUUUCUCUUUCUUGAGUUUCAUCCAGGGGACCGCGGAUUAUCUAACUUCUAAACUUCCCAGAAAUGGCAGCCUGGCCCCUGACUCUCUGUCUGCUGCAGUGUCUCUGUUCUGGCAGCCUGGCGUCAAACUCAUACAGGCACUUCUCCAGUAACACCGAAAUCAACAACGUGGUGCAGGAUCCCGGGACUGGCCGGGUGUACGUGGGUGCUGUCAACACCAUCUACCAGUUAGACAACAUGCUGCAAAAGCAGGACAGCAGAAAAACGGGUCCCGAACAAGAUAACCAGGCGUGCACCCCUCCCAAAUUUAUUGAGUGUGUAACCAAGCUGACAAGCAACAGUAACAAGCUGCUGCUGGUGAAUCGGGCCAACGGCACCCUGGUGGUGUGCGGGAGCCUCUUCAGAGGAAUCUGCUCCUUGCUGUCCCUGGAGAAUGUCUCGAAGGUGGAGUACUACAGUGACUCCAAGGGAGAGAAGACCUAUGUGGUCAGCACUGAUGACAAGGUGUCUGUGGUGGGAGUGUUGACCGUUGUGCAGAGACACGGCAGGAACACAAGUGUAUUUCUUGUGGGGAAGGGGUACGGCUCCUUCGAUACCCCCAAGCUCAUCACAACACGGCUACUUCAGGAGUCCGAGGGGGUGGACUUAUUCGAAAGCUAUGACGAGUCCUCGGUCUGGCAGGCCAGCGCUUACACCAACCUGUUCCGGCACAUCUUCCGCUUGGCCUUCCAGCAUAAAAAUUUUACCUACUUCCUCUUCUCCCGCACAAACGCCAAGAACGAAAUGGGGAAUUACACCUUCAUCUCCCGGGUGUGCCAGACAGACAUCCACUACUACUCCUACAUGGAGCUCCAGCUGAACUGCAGCCAAGGCGGGGGGCAGCAGUACAGCAAGGUGCAGGCAGCGUUCAUUGCCUUCCCUGGGGAGCGCCUGGCGAGGAGUAUGGAUGCGUCGGGGCAUUACGGGAGGGUGACGGCCGCGGACAAGGUGCUGUUCGUGGUGUUCGGUACAGAUAGUCAGACUGAUCAGAGCCAAGCCUCGGCCCUCUGUAUGUACUCUCUGAAGGAGAUCAACAAGAGACUGAAAGAAAUCCAGGAUGCUUGUUACAAUGGGUUUGGGAUCAUUGGUGAGAAGCAGGCUGUCUACACACCAUACUCUACUAUUUCAAACGGGGUCUGGCCAACUAACUGUGAUCUGAAGACACCAGGUGACCAUCCGUGUGGAGCAGACUUUCUUCCCUCUCCCCUUGCGAGCACGCCUGAUUUUGGGAUUUCGGCUGAGGCAGUCAUAACCUACGAGGAGCACCUGAGUGCAGUGGCUGUGGCAGUGGAGAAUGAGCACACCAUCGCCUUCCUGGGAACAGACAGAGGCUGGAUCUACAAGGUGCAUCUCAGUGGCUCGGCUGAACAGUAUGACAAGAAGACAGUGGGGAACACCAGGGUGAACAAAAACCUAUUUUUUGAUGCAGAUCAGGAUCACAUUUACAUCACGACCGAAAAGGAGGUAACUCGUGUCCCGGUGCAGGAGUGCCACUGGAGAAGUAGCUGCCAGUCCUGUGUGGCAGCGAGAGACCCGUACUGUGGCUGGUGUGUGGCUGAUGGAAAGUGCACCAGGAGGUCAGCCUGCCCCAGGGCUAUGGAGGACAACCACUGGAUCUGGAGCCUCAGCCAGGAGUGUGUCCAGAUCACCAGCUACUCUCCAGAGAACAUGAGUCGCAUGCAACCGUCAUGGCCAAGGGUCAGUAUGACUUUGGUGCCUUUCCCAGACAUUACAGAGAGCGAUCAGCUGGAGUGUGAUUUCGGAGGCUCUAAGAGUCAGGCUGUGAUUGAACCGGGCAAGUCUAUAACCUGCUCUCCUCCAGAGGUCGUCAGUAUCCCCCAAACACCUGAAUCACAAGAUUUCGUUGCAGUGGAGGUAAAGUUGACCUAUAAGGAUUCCCACGUGGAGCUGGCCGUCGGACAGUACCGCUUCUACGACUGCAGUGCGGCCGCAAAGAUGCUCACGAACACACCGUGCGCCUCGUGUGUGACCAGCGAGUGGCGCUGUCAGUGGAACAUCAAGGAUCACAAGUGCAGCAAAAAUGACGCAGAGACUCAGGACGUGUACGUCAUAAAGCACGCACAGCCAAUGAGCUGUCCUCGGUUUGAAAGCCCCUCCCAUCCUCUGAUUUCGGUGGGCUUGAGGACCAGCAUUACCUUCACUGGGAGGAAUCUGGAUUUCUUCAAGGGCAAAACGUUCAAGAUGGGCACUGAAUUGAUGGGUUCAACGGAGGUGGAGAUUGUAUUAAAAGAGGAUCAAACCUACGAGUUCCAGGGUUACGAGUUCUCCUACGAUAAAGGGCAGAUGAGGGAUCUCCUGUUCUAUGUGAAAGAAGGCAGUAAUAAGAUAGACAGCAAUCUGAAUGUCACCUUGUAUAACUGUUCGUUCGGACGAGAGGACUGCAGCCUGUGUAAAGCCGCGGACCCGAAGUAUGGCUGCGUCUGGUGCAGUCACCCCAAGUCCUGCCUCUACAGCACAACCUGCCCAAGAGAGGAGGAGCUGUGUCCGAUGCCAAAGAUCCUGGAUAUCGUGCCUCAUAACGGUCCACUGGAGGGAGGCAUCUCUCUGACCAUCAAAGGGUCCAACAUGGGAAUCAAGAAGGAGGACAUAUGGAACAUCACUGUGGCAGGCGUCCCCUGCCGACAUGAGGCGGACAGAUACUCUGUGUCCACCAGUGUUAUCUGUGAACUUGAAGCAGCCAAUGGAAUGAAACAAGGGAGCGUGAGGGUGAUGAUGGCUGAUGGAAAUACGGGGGACUCUGACGUGGAGUUUGCCUACAGGGAGCCUAAACCCCAGAGCGUGACUCCGAAGAAGGGUCCGCGAGCCGGUGGGACCUGCAUCACAAUCGAAGGAUCUGAUUUGAACAUUGCGACCAGAGAGGACCUGCGCAUUCAGAUAGCGGGAGCCGACUGCACCGUGUUGAAAUUUGACAGUGAAAUUGUGUGCAGGACAGGUAAACUGCCACCUAGUUCAGCGAUUGGGCCCUAUGAUGUGGUGAUGAACUACGGGAAGCACACGACGAGGCGUGUGUCUGGAUUUGAGUUCUGUGAAGACCCGACAGUCACUACAUAUUCCCCUGAUGCCAGCUUUAUGAGUGGGGGGAGACUCAUCUCUGUGACAGGGACUGGAUUUGCAGUGAUACAGAAAGCCUCCAUGAGAGUUGUUGUCAAUCCCGAACCUUCAGUCAGUAACAUCGGCACGGCUCCAACACACAAAGAGACGAUAGAGGUGAUGACAGAGUUCAAGAACGAGAAGGAGCUUCAGUUCCGCUCCCCGGUGAUCCCUGAGAUGUUUCGGAACCACCACUUCCACUUACGCACUGUGAUUGUCCUGGACAAUGUGGAGAAGACCCUGCAGAACUUCAAGUACUACCUAGACCCCACCUUCAACAAGAACGAGAACGGCAUCAUCCCCUUUGAAACACUCAUAAACAUCAAGGGCGAACGCUUCACCAGUGCAAUGACUAUACAGGAGGCACAGGCCUACGUAGGAGACGCAGAGUGCACUAUCGAAAUCUUCCAAGACAACUCUCUGCUCUGUAAACCACCGGCAACUAAACCCCAAGUCCUCUCCAAGAGAUUCAAGAGGGAGGCGGACGCCAGCAUGCCCGAGUUCUUGGUAAAGUUUGGUGCAGGAAGGUGGGUGCUGGGCAAGGUGAAUUACGACUCCUCUACGAACAUGCUGCCCCUGCACAUCAUCUUGCCUGUGGUGCUAAUCCCCAUGGUGGCAAUCAUCGCCAUCUCCGUGUACUGCUACAGGCGGCAGAGCCAGCAGGCAGAGCGGGACUACGAGAAGGUGAAGCAUCAGCUGGAGAACCUGGAGGAGAGCGUGAGGGAUCGCUGCAAGAAAGAGUUCACAGACUUGAUGAUUGAAAUGGAGGACCACACCAGUGAUCUGAACGAGGUGGGGAUUCCCUUCCUGGACUAUAAGACCUACACAGACCGGGUCUUCUUCCUGCCCUCCAAGGAUGGGGUGAACGACGUGAUGAUCACGGGGAAGCUGGACAUCCCCGCGGGCCGCGAGCAGACCGUGAGCCUGGCGCUCAAUCAGUUCUCCAACCUGCUCAACAGCAAGCCCUUCCUCAUCAAUUUCAUUCGCACGCUGGAGAGUCAGCGUGAUUUCAACGCCCGUGCCAAAGUCUACUUUGCCUCCCUGCUCACUGUCGCCCUCCAUGGCAAGCUAGAGUAUUACACUGACAUCAUGAACACCUUGCUGCUGCAGCUCAUGGAUCAGUAUGUGGCCAAGAACCCCAAGCUGAUGCUGCGUCGAUCCGAGACGGUGGUGGAGAGAAUGCUUUGCAACUGGAUGUCCAUCUGCCUGUACCAGUUCCUAAAGGACUCUGCUGGGGAGCCGCUCUACAAGCUGUUCAAGGCCAUCAAGCACCAGGUGGAGAAGGGGCCGGUGGACGGCGUGCUGAAGAAAGCCAAGUACACUCUGAAUGACACCGGACUGCUGGGGGACGACGUGGAGUACUGCACACUGACCCUGCAGGUGCUGGUGCAUGGCGAGGGCCCUGACGUCUGUGCUGUCAAGGUUCUGAACUGCGACACCAUCUCCCAAGUGAAGGAGAAGAUCAUCGACCAGGUCUAUAGGAACACGCCUUACUCACAGAGGCCUAAAGUCGACAGAGUUGUUUUGGAGUGGCGCCCUGGCUCCACGGGGCAGAUCCUGUCUGACUUAGACCUGACAUCACAGAAGGAGGGCCGGUGGAAGCGAAUAAACACCCUUGCACACUAUAACGUCAGAGAUAACGCCACCCUGGUGCUGUCAAAGGUUCUGCACACUCAGCAGCAGGACGAGCUGCACCAAGAUAGCCAGGAGGAGCGAAACGCUCUGCUGGAGGAUGACAACAAGGUGUGGCACCUGGUGCGCUCUGCUGAGGACGUGGAUGAGAGCAAAUCCAAGAGGGGGAGCAUGAAGGACAAGGGCAGUGCCAAAGCCAUCACCGAAAUCUACCUGACCAGGCUGCUCUCCGUCAAGGGAACGCUCCAGCAGUUUGUGGAUAACUUCUUCCGCAGUGUUCUGUGCUCGGGUGCAGUCGUGCCCCCCGCUGUGAAGUACUUCUUUGACUUCCUGGACGAGCAGGCGGCGAAACAUGACAAUGUGGACGAGGAGACCGUCCACAUCUGGAAAACAAACAGCUUGCCCCUGCGCUUCUGGGUGAACAUCCUGAAGAACCCUCACUUCAUCUUCGACGUGCACGUGCAUGAGAUGGUGGACGCCUCGCUGUCCGUCAUCGCGCAGACCUUCAUGGACGCCUGCACCAAGAGUGAGCACAAGCUGAGCAGGGAUUCACCAAGUAACAAGUUACUCUAUGCAAAGGAGAUCUCCACAUACAAGAAAAUGGUUGAUGACUACUAUAAAGGUAUCCGACAGAUGGUGCAAGUAAGCGACCAGGACAUGAACACGCAUUUAGCCGAGGUUUCCAGGGCUCACACAGACCAGCUCAACACACAGGUAGCUCUGCAUCAGCUCUACCAGUAUGCCAGCAAGUACUAUGAUGAGAUCAUCAAUUCCCUGGAGGAGGACCCAGCGACUCAGAACAAGCAGCUCACCGUGAGGCUCCAGCAGAUAGCGGCCGCUUUGGAAAACAAAGUGACGGCCCUCUAACCUCUCUGGGGGUGCGGGGGAGGGGGGGGGGCUGUGUCCAGACAUUAAUCAGGGCUUAUUUUAACAGAAAACAAACUCUGGAUUUAAGAAAACUGGCCGUGUGGAUGGAGAUGAAAGGCUGUCGUUUUUAAGCAGUCCAGCUGGUUGCUUUCCUCCUUGCUUUCUGGAUCCUUGCACUCUGUUACUGUCUCGGCUGGCUUUGGAGUGAACAGAACCGCACACAGAUUGGUGUUUAAUACCCUGGAGGACUUUGGCUGCCUGAUACAAACUAUAAUAAGAAUAAUAAGAGUGUGCCUAAAUUGUUUAAAAAAACAAACAGCAACACAGUCUGGGCUCUGCAAAGUCUAAUUUUUUUUGUGUGGGUUCGAUGUUAAAAGACUGCACUUUUUAUUCUAAACGCAGAGCUGUCCCGUGCUGGACUGAGAGACCCACACAGGGCUGGUUUAUUGUAAACGCAGAGCUGUCCCGUGCUGGACUGAGAGACCCACACAGGGCUGGUUUAUUGUAAACGCAGAGCUGUCCUGUGCUGGACUGAGACCCACACAGGGCUGGUUUAUUGUAAACGCAGAGCUGUCCUGUGCUGGACUGAGAAACCCACACAGGGCUGGUUUCCUCCACAGGGAUGUUGCUUUUCUGAUGAGCAGAAUGUUUUGUGAAAUAAGCCCUGCAUUAAUUGCUGAGUCAGAUGCUCUUUUAAUCAGUUGUUGAAUUUCUUCCUGUGUAGAAAAAAAAGAAAUAGUAUUAUAUAUUUUUAUCAUGCAUUUCAUUUCUUUAAUUUGCAGAAAUGGCCAGUUGUUUUUUUUUUUUUUUUUUUUUUUUUUUUUUUAAGUCUGUGUCCCAUGCAACACAGCACUGACUGUCCAAGAUGUGAAAGUGUGGUCUUCAGAGCGGUGGAGUCAGACUCCCAGUGAACCACUCUGGACGCAUCAGAACACAUCAGAACAUAACCCAAGAUGCUGUUCAGUGAAAUGGUUUAUGUUCUUCCAAUGAAAUUGAUUCAUCUGUUAUGUAAUAAUUUUGUUUUAUUCUGUUUUAAAAUGUCAGUGUGUGUUUGGCAGGGGAGUGGAGGUAAAUUUUUAACAGGAGGGGUGGUUAAUAACCCAAUUUUUAAUAGAAUAUGAAGCACAUUCAUUCAGCUGCAAGAACAAUAAUGCAGUCUGGGUGUAUUUGCACUGGCACACUGCAAACCACACAAACAUCGGAUCUGGGGCCAUGCAAGAUUUCUACUUAUAAAGUUUAACAUGCCUUUGUCAAGGGAAAGUGUGUUUGAAAACAAACCCUGGAGGCUUGGUAACUGCACUCCCUCACUACUUGCUCCAUCUAUUGUUUGUGUUUGAGUGUUUAACUUGCCUCUCCUCUGGUGCAAUGCUGCAGACACACGUGUGUGAUGCAGGGUGGACACCAGCAAGGCUUGACUUCUUAUAAGCAUUGAUCAGUUUGAAUUGAAAAGGAAUGAAAUGUAAUCAAGUUGCUUUUAUUAGAGGAAUGCUGUUCUUGAUUUGAAAUUGUUUUAAAAUGUUGUAUUGUUACUGCAGCGACACUGAAAGCUUCAGCUGUGUUCUAAUAGGUACCUGCUGUUUUAGUACUAGAUAGAGAAAGCAUAGUGCUAAUGUAUGCAUAGUGCUAAUGUAAGCAUAGUGCUGAGGUCAUGUGGCUUUUCUGUCAAAUUCAAGGAAUAAGCAUCGAUGUUAAUUGAAUAUUAACCACUUAAUGUAACGGUACAGAAUCUGUAUAUAUAUUUUUUUUUAAUAAGAAGCCUAUAUUUCACUCAGUUCUCCUUUGUGCUGUCAGUACUGGGGUUUGAUUGUAUUUCUGAUUAGGAACGCUAGUCUGAUCCGCUCAAGCAAUGUUACUUCUGUAUUGCUCAUGUCUUUUGAAUGUGCUUUUCUCUGGUUACACCCACAGUGCAUAUCUGAAAUGCGUAAAGGUCUCAACAGACCUGCUUCUACAUGCCUCUCUCAUAGUUCCAAUUGUGACCCUAGAAGUUACACAUCAUCAAAGUUU